GUCACGCAUCAGCAUUGUUUCGCGAAUGUAUGGUCGCGCACAACACCACCACCUUCUUUCACUCAUUUUUUUUGCUAGCUUAAUAAAAUAUGCUUAUUAACGAAUAUACAGAUGCUCAUAGAUUAUUUUUACAAGCUUCUCUUUCUGAAAGGUUUUUCACUGAAGAAACGGCCAUUGAAAUAUAUCUUCAAGAUCAAGAGACUUUUACAGAAUUUAUGACGACGCUUAAUGCGAAGCUAAAUUCUAUAGAUUUAGAGUUUCGAAAAAGUCAUAACGAAGAAGAUGGAAGUGCCGUUUGGGCACUGGUUAACACGAAUGGAGAUGAAAUUGCUAAAAUGGCCACUGAAUAUACACCCAUAGAAAUAUCAUUUUUCAGACGUUUGAUAGAACUUAUUGUUACGGCAGAUGAUGAGUCGUUUUCAGUGUCUUCAAUUACUGCAUUAAAAGAAGUCGUGAAACUAAAAACUUCUAUAUCAAAAAGUAAUGGAGAAAUAUUAUUACAACGAUUUGUCGAUGACAAAUGGUUGAGUAGAUCACGGGGAGGAAGAUAUUCAUUGAGUUUAAGAUCUAUUCUAGAAUUACAAUAUUACCUUAAAAAGGAAUUUGAAGAUUAUCUUUCAGAGUGCAUUCUGUGUUAUGAUAUUGUUACAAAGGGACAACGAUGUGAAAUGGCACAAUGUAAAGCACGUUUUCAUCAUCAUUGUGCUCGUAGAUAUUUUGAUUCAAAAAAUAAUAAAAAAUGUCCAAAUUGUGAAAUAGUUUGGGAUUCUUCUAAUGUAAUUGGUGAUUGCGAUAGUAUUGAUAGUGGAUCAAGACCUAAAAGAUCAAAUAAUCAAACAACAAAAAAAAAUACAAGGUCCCAAAAGUUGGAAGUUGAUUAUGAUCAAAUGGACCAAGAUGAUGACGAUGAUCAAAUGGAACAAAAUGAUGAAUAGCUGUUUUAGUGUUCGUUUUUUUUUCAUAAACAAUUGAGAUGUAACCGAUUUAACUGUUGUAAACCUGUAUGUAUUUAUUAUAAUUGCAGAUGUUUUCAACAUUAAAUAAUAAAAUACAUUCUCGGAUGCACAAUAUUUUUUUUUUUCAA